CCGGCCGGCGGCGGGAUGGAGGCGGCGGCGGCGGAGCCUGGAAACCUGGCCGGCGUCAGGCACAUCAUCCUGGUCCUGUCGGGAAAGGGGGGCGUUGGGAAAAGCACCAUCUCCACGGAGCUGGCCCUGGCACUGCACCAUGCAGGCAAGAAGGUGGGGAUCCUGGACGUGGACCUGUGCGGCCCCAGCAUCCCCCGCAUGCUCGGGGCGCAGGGUAGGGCCGUGCACCAGUGCGACCGCGGCUGGGCACCCGUCUUUCUGGACCGCGAGCAGAGCAUCUCGCUCAUGUCCGUGGGCUUCCUGCUGGAGAAGCCGGACGAGGCCGUGGUGUGGAGAGGCCCCAAGAAAAACGCACUGAUAAAGCAGUUUGUGUCUGACGUGGCCUGGGGGGAGCUAGACUUCCUGGUGGUGGACACGCCCCCGGGGACCUCCGACGAGCACAUGGCCACUGUGGAAGCCCUGAGGCCCUACCAGCCCCUGGGGGCCCUUGUGGUCACUACACCUCAGGCGGUGUCCGUAGGGGAUGUGAGGCGUGAGCUGACCUUCUGCAGAAAGACGGGCUUGCGGGUGAUGGGGAUCGUGGAGAACAUGAGUGGCUUCACCUGCCCACACUGCGCGGAGUGCAUCAGCGUCUUCUCCAGGGGCGGCGGGGAGGAGCUGGCCCGGCUUGCUGGGGUGCCCUUCUUAGGCUCUGUGCCCUUGGACCCUGAGCUCACGAGGAGCCUGGAGGAGGGCCAUGACUUCAUCCAGGAGUUCCCUGGGAGCCCCGCCUUCGCCGCGCUCAGCUCCAUAGCCCAGAAGAUCCUGGACACGACACCCAUGUGCCUUCCCUGACUAAGGCCACCCUGCAGCUGCCUCCCAGAGCCACCGAGGACUCUCUCCAGCUUCUCAGAGCAACGGAGCGGCCUGGGCUCAGGUCCGGGCCCUGCAGGGGCAGGCCCAGGCAUCGUGAUCAGGGGAGCGUCUCCCCAGCCAGCCCUGCCCCAGGGAGGAGUCGGGCGUCAGCAGCUCUGCCUGCAUGGCCUGUGGCUGAGAGGGCAGCUCGGGGCCGGGUGCUCUGGGGCCAUGUGGCAGGCGGCCUGGGGCGUCGUCCAUUCACGUUUCCCACCUGCACCCCGCGGCCGCGUGUCCACACAGUCACAGAGCCCCUGGGACUCCUGCAGGCCUCACGGGGCCCCAGGUCCCCAGCAGCCUGGGGUCACUGUGGUCUGUGUUCAGCUGGGGAGGUGCCUCCUAAGGGAGUGAACUGACCUCAGACAUGUCUUCUAAGUGGGAGGAGCGUGCCAUUAAAUGCACUGCCAUGGUUACAAG